AUUUGUGGAUUUAGCCUAUUUCAAACAGACACUAGGCCCAUUAUCAUCUGGAAUAUGGGUGCAUGAUAACAAAAUUAUAAACGACCCUAUACAAUCACUCCUCCCUCCUUGUCAGUCACAGUGGUGGCGGGAACAAAAGCUCACUCUUCCAGAAUCCCGCCCAAUCCUAAUCGCGCUCCUUUUUAAACCAACCCCACUCUCAAAGCCUCCUUAUCUCUUUUCUCACGGAUCCCUAACUGUAACCCUAGCCCUAAUUUGACACCUGAAAGAAAGCAAUAAGAUGUUGGAGCUUAGACUGGUUCAAGGAUCCCUUCUGAAGAAAGUGCUUGAGGCCAUCAAGGAUUUGGUCAAUGAUGCCAACUUCGAUUGCUCGUCGACGGGCUUCUCUCUCCAGGCCAUGGAUUCAAGCCACGUGGCCCUGGUGGCUCUCCUCCUCAGAUCAGAGGGUUUUGAGCACUACCGAUGUGACCGUAACAUUUCCAUGGGUAUGAAUCUCAAUAACAUGUCCAAGAUGUUGAAGUGCUCUGGAAAUGACGACAUCAUCACUAUCAAGGCUGACGAUGGCAGCGAUACCGUCACUUUUAUGUUUGAAAGCCCUACUCAAGACAAAAUUUCGGAUUUUGAGAUGAAACUGAUGGACAUUGAUAGUGAGCACCUGGGAAUUCCUGAGGCAGAAUAUCAUGCUAUUGUCAGGAUGCCGUCAGCUGAGUUUGCAAAAAUUUGUAAAGAUCUUGCCAGCAUUGGCGAUACUGUUGUGAUCUCUGUGACGAAGGAAGGAGUAAAGUUCUCUACAAGAGGUGAUAUUGGCACUGCAAAUAUUGUUGUCAGGCAGAAUACGACAGUAGAUAAGCCAGAAGAAGCAACAAUCAUAGAAAUGAACGAGCCAGUAUCAUUGACAUUUGCAUUGAGGUACAUGAACUCCUUCACCAAGGCGACCCCAUUGUCAAACACGGUUACAAUCAGCUUGUCUUCAGAGCUCCCCGUUGUGGUUGAGUACAAGAUCGCUGAGAUGGGUUAUAUCAGGUUCUACUUGGCUCCAAAGAUAGAAGAAGAUGAGGAUGAGACCAAGCCCCAAGCUUAAACGGGUGGAAGAUAAGGAUGUGACUAAAUCCCAAGUUUAAACGGAUGGAAGAUGAGGAUGGGAUGAAGCCCCAACUUUAAUUGUCACUUGCAUUACUAGUCUUGUCUUCUUGUUCCUUGCAUUCACUGCUAAAUUUUUGAACCUGUGCUUAGGAUGUUUGUUACUUUAGUACUUUCAUCAUUGGCUGUGUAGACAACUAAUCAUUCUGUAGUCAGUAGAAUUCCUGAAGUUUUUCCAGUGAAGAUUUUUAAAUGUUUUGCGAGAAACUUUACCUAUUUUCCAUGUAUCAUAAGUCCAUUCAUGGUUGUGGCUUA